AUGAAAACGCCAAACUUCGCCUGUCUUUUUGAUAUUGAUGGUGUCAUCACCAAAGGUCCGAAUUUCAUUACUGUUGCCAAACCAGCCAUUCAAAAAUUGAUUCAACUCAAAGUGCCAGUUGUCUUUGUAUCCAAUACAUGUAUGCUCGAAGCAGAUAAGGCCAAACAAUUGUCCGCUGUACUCGGUGUCACAAUUCACCCAGAACAAGUUGUGCUUGCUCAAACGCCAAUGCGCUCAUUGACCGAGUAUCAUAACAAGCAUGUUCUUAUAUCUGGACAAGGACCUGUUGAAGAAAUCGGCCGAACGCUUGGCUUCAAAAGUAUGACAACUAUUGAAAAAGUUUGCACAGCCUUUCCAGAAUUGGAUAUGGUCAAUCAUUUGAAUCGAGUUCAGCUAAGUGAAAUGAUUAAAACACAAGGUCUUGUCCGCGAUGAAAAUUUCCGUCCUAUUGACGGUAUUGUUUUACUCGGUGAACCAGUCCAAUGGGAACGAUCAUUACAAGUCAUAACUGACCUUCUUCUAACUGAUGGCAAUCCAGGUGUCAUUCCUGAUGAUUCCAAUCUCGAUCGAGAUCAUAUUCCAAUCAUUGCUUGUAACCGAGAUUUGGUAUUCAAGGCAGCAGCUGAUUUACCACGAUUUGGUCAUGGGGCUUUCCUGACAUGUUUGGAAGCAUUGUAUAGAAACCUAAGUGGAAAUGAUCUCAAAUACACAUCCUUUGUUGGUAAACCGUUCGAAAUAUCGUACCAAUAUGCUGAAAUGGUCGCAAAUAAAAUUGCCUUGGCUAAUGGACAACCAAAAAUCGAAAAAAUCUACUUCAUAGGCGAUAAUCCUGAUGUAGAUAUUGUCGGAGCCAAUAUGUACAAUCAUUUGUUACAACAAGCAAUGAACAUCAAAGGAAGUAUCAGUGGUUACAGUUUACUUGCUGAUACGAAAUUUCUAAGUGCAACAUCAUGCGAGUCAAUUCUUGUAUGUACCGGUGUUUAUGAUCCAAAUAAACAAAAACUCGAUGGCAAAAUCCCAUGGAAAGUACCCACAACAAUUGAACAAGAUGUUUUAGAAGGUAUCAAAUAUAUUCUUGCCAAAGAAGGUUUGCCAUGGGCAAUCGGUUCUUAA